AUGUUGGCCGGCGAGGCGUUCGAACGUGCGGAGCCGCACCUUGCAUCAGGUAUUUCGAGGCUGCUGCUCAGUCAAUGGGACCAAGCACAGGAGGACCGCGAGCGCUUACGCGACAACCGGUACGCUAUCGAAAGAAUGCUGCGACCUCGGAGGACCCGGCACGCGUGCUCCGAACUUGACAUCCACUUGGCCACGGUUGACGGAGACGGUUGGGACUGCGGGUACCGUAACCUGCAGAUGUUGCUAUCGGCUUUGGUUAAAGGCUUGGUCCAAACGACGCACAACGCCACGUACUCGGCAAGUGGCCAGGGGCCGCCAGCCACGCCCUGGCGAACAGGUCAAGUCCCAAACGUUCUGGCGAUACAGGAGGCGCUAGAAAUCGCCUGGUCAUGCGGAUUUGACGAAAUGGACAGAAGCCACUUUUACGAGCCUCUCCGCGGAAGUCGCCAGUGGAUCGGGACGAGCGAUGCUGCCGCGUUGCUGCGGUACUGGGGCAUCGAUGUCCGGCUGGUUGACUCGGACCCGCAGUUUCAGAGCGAGCGCGAGAGCCGGCACCAGUCCCUCAUGCGCUGGGCACUACAGUACUACGUGCGUCGAUGCGCUCGAGCUGGCGGUUGCAUCGUCUGCCGCCAGUCCGGACGCAGCACCGCCAGAGCAAGCGAUGGUGACGUAUCGAACGCGCGAGCAGUUCAUGCUGGAAGCAAACGCAAUGACUGGAUACCGCCUCUUUUUUUCCAGUAUGCAGGUCAUUCGGUUACAGUAAUCGGCGUUGAGAUCGAUCUGAGGCGAAAUGAGUCUUGCCUGCUGCUCAUUGACCCGAGCCAGGGCGUGAGCUGCGGCCGGCCUCGGAUCAGGGCAUGGACGUUACAGGAUCUCCAGGCUGUGCAGUACCAAGUUCUGUACAUUCAUGAAUGCGUUUUUCUGGAUGAGCGUACCCCGAUGAAACAACGCCAGAAGCUGUCGAGCCUGCGACUGGUGUAG